GUUCUGGUGGCUCUGGCAACUGCUGCUCCUGGCCUGGCUCAGCGUGGUUGGCACAGCACAGUUGUCCCAGGGGGUCUGGGGGUCCUGGGGAUCCUGGAGCUCCUGCUCCAGCUCCUGUGGGGAUGGAGUCUCCCUCCGUACACGGAGGUGCCUGCGAACCGUCGAGGAGGAGCCGUGCACAGGUGACCCGCGCCAGUACCGGCUACCUCCUAACCUCUGUGACCUCAACUGCCUGGCUGAGGGGCACAACUUCUACUACAGCUUUGGGCGGGUGCUGGACGACCCUGGCUCCCCAGACCUGUGCGUCAGCGGGCGCUGCCUGAGCGUGGGCUGUGAUGGCAUCCUGGGCUCAGGCACACGCCCUGACGCCUGCGGCCAGUGCAGCGGCGGCCACCACUCAGGUAUCUCGGCCACACUGUUCCAGGGCACAGACCCCUCCUCUGGUUAUUUUGGGUACAUGAAUGUGACCAAGAUCCCAGCUGGGGCCACACACAUCAAGGUGAUGGACAAGAGCCACAACUACCUGGCCAAGCUCUUACUAGAAAGCAGAUUCCCCCAAGCCCCGACCGCAGCUCUGCUGGCCCACGCUGCCCUCUCUGUGCCGGGAGAGGCCUCCGGUGGGGACCCAGGCAUCCGGAUGGGGGCACCUGGGCCCACCCACGAGGACCUGCAUGUGAUGGUCCUGUUGCAGGAACCGAACCCCAGGAUUGAGUACGAAUUCUGGCUGCCCCGUGGACACUCCCAGUUCAGCCGUGGUGAUGCCAGCCCCCUGCGGCAGCCCCAGCCCCGGGGGGCUGACAGGCGCUGCAGGAUGUGCCGCCCUCCCAAGGGACGAUCCCAGCGCAUCCGGCACUUCUGCCAGAGCGACUUUGUCUUCCACGGCCGGAUCCUGGCGUGGCACUUGGUGGGGCAGGAGACUCGCUACGAGGUGGAGGUGAAGACGCCGUAUCGGCACCGCUUCCCGUUGGUGUCCCGGGAAUACCUGUGGGUGCCCAACACCUGCGGGUGCCCCCCGCUGCAGGAGGGCAGCGAGUACUUGCUGAUGGCGCAGCGGCAUGUGAACCACGAGCACACCCUGAACCGCAUCCUGCUGCAGGACAAUGGCUAUGCUCGGCCCUGG